AUCAUCAAUUGUUUAUUGCGGAAGUAGACCAUGUGUUGUUGAUGCCCGGAGCUAAUGCUAGCUUGGUGAAUAUUCACUUCAAUUGGCAAAUGUUUCAUUUAUAAGUUGGGGUUUAUUGUGUAAUUAAAGUGAAAUAUAUCUGAUUCGAUUCGUUACUAGCUUCCAAACCCCACAUUGAGCAGAGUGAAAUGGACAAGGAUGACGGGUUGGUCAAGGCAAAUCAAAGUAAAACUCUGCUUGUGCGGCACCUACCGUCCGAGCUGGGUCCAGAGGAGAAGGAGGAUCUACUCAAGUACUUCGGAGCCUCCUCAGUCAGGGUUUUCUCAGACAAAGGCUCACUGAAACAUGCUGCAUAUGCAACCUUCGGCAGUGAGAAGUCUGCAGCAAAGGCCCUGAACCGGCUCCACCAGCUGCAGAUCCUCAGUCACACACUUGUUGUGGAGUUUGCCAAGGGCCAAGACCAGAUCACUGUGUUAAAAGACCCACCAGUAUCGGGAAGAGCUACAGGUGACGAUGAGGAGAAGAAGAAACAGCCAAGCAUACCCCUCAUAGAGAUCGGAGUGGCACCUGGCCUUGGGUUGAAAUUUCAAACAAGUCCCAGUUUGAAAUAUUUAUACCCACCCCCAUCAAAUGCAAUCCUUGCAAAUAUAAUGCAUGCCCUCCUGAGUGUGCCAAAGUUUUAUGUUCAGGUUCUUCAUCUGAUGAACAAGAUGAAUUUGCCAUGUCCCUUUGGACCUGUGACACCCCGGCCCCCUGUGUACGACCUGGCGCCCGGCCCCAUGCCGCCGCCCUUCCCCCCCGACUUCCCCCCCCUACCCCAGGAGGACAUGGACCUGUCCAGCGAGCCCGAGUCGGAGUACGACAGCGGAGAUGACGACGAGAACAAAGAGAGGGUUGCCCGACUGAUGGGUCUGGUCAACCAGGCGUGCAAAAGGCCCCUGCGAACCAAAGGGACUUCCAAGAGGAAGAAGCCCAGGAUCCAGCACCUACUCUCUGCUCCCCCCAAAGCAGACCCCCAUAGCGCUCCAGGCCCCGUGCUGAACCCCUCGGACGUGUUCGAGCAACCCCAGCCUGCAGGGCCCAAGAAGAUCGAGUUCCACAUCUCGGUGCCCGAAGUGGCGGCCAUACUGGACGGAGGGGCCCCGGGGCCCACGGCGGAGCCGGCCCAGGACAGUGCAGAAGGACUGGAGCGGGAGACGACGGGGGGCAUUGAGGAAGAGGAGGAGGCCGAAGGCUUUGGUAAGCUGUACCCCAGCGGCCCGGCUUCGCAAGAGCAGGAGCAGGACAGCCAGGAUGAGGAGGACCUUCCCUCCCACCUCAUCUCCAGGAGGGAGCUGGAGAAAGGCCGGCUGUCUAGAGAUGAGAUUAAAAGGAUGUCUGUGUUUAAGAACUAUGAGGCGGGCGAGCCGACGUGCCGACUGUACGUGAAGAAUAUCGCUAAGCAAGUGGAGGAGAAAGACCUGAAGUUCAUCUAUGGGAGAUACAUUGACCCAUCAUCGGAAGCAGAAAGGAACAUGUUUGACAUCGUGUUAAUGAAGGAGGGCCGUAUGAAGGGCCAGGCCUUCGUGGGUCUCCCCAGUGAGCGCUGCGCUGAGAAGGCCCUGCGGGACACCAACGGCUACGUCCUCCAUGACAGGCCCCUCGUCGUGCAAUUUGCCAGGUCUGCUAAACCCAAAGCAGAUGUUCCCGACCCAAAGAAGGGAUCCAGGCCACGGUGAAUACAGCAGAUGGCAAGCCUCGAUAUUGUGGCCCUGCAGCAUCGUUUGUAUCCUUAUUCUGGCAUAUCCUUUGGAAGUAAUGGUUAUCACUGGCUCAUUACAUGAAUCAUGGUUGUAAUGUAUUGAGGACAUCUCGGUAUAUUCAACAUUAAUUGCUGUUCUGCACAGGAAUACCAGUAUUUUUUAAGCUGAACCUGUAUUCUACCCCAUGGUGACUCGAUCAUUAUGCACUCCAAUACAUUUUACUAAUGGUCAGAAAGAGAUUGAAGCCCAGUGUGUUUCUCUCUUCUUUGCAAAUUGUGCGUAACUCUUCCUAAAGCCUUGCUUCACAAUACCCUCUAUCCUAUCUGAUUUAAAUCACAGGUGACGCAAACCAGUGGAGGUGAAGACCUAAUUUUAAUGUUCCUGAAUUUGAAUAAAAAUAUUUUUGUUCAAACGA